UACAUAAAUAAUUGAUCUACUUAUUUCCUUAGAUAUUUAUUUUAGUUUGUAUGUUAAAUCAUACAACUAAUGGGAAUUAUUUAACUUUUGGCCCAUAAUACAACAAUAAAAACUUGUUUCGCAACCGGAAUAUCUAAAACUUUAUAAGCUCUUUUUCCAGUGUUCCUGCCCAAACGCUUUAGUCCGGACUCUGACCAUAAUUCAUGAAAAGUUUUAAAUUUGAAAAAUUUGGCCGUGGAAAGGGAAAAUUGUGGAGGAACGGCACAGUUAUUGUUGGGUUAUAAAUCUAAUUAGAAUAUGUGAGUGUUCGGGGCCCGUAUCUGAAUAUGCACGUAGACUAAACCAAUUCGAACCCCCUUCCCUGGGCUCAUUUCAUAUGCUCACCGCAUCUGGCCGCAUCUGAAAAUUGCCAAUGGCGCCGCUGCGUCUGGGGCAAUAAAUUUGAUUUGUUUCAAAUUACAGAAGAACGCAAUUUCUUCUCUUCGUUUUUUUUUUCGGUUGCAUUUUUUGGGCUGAGCCGGUAAAUCGAAUUGAAUUUUUGAAUCCUUGGAGCUGCGGUUGCUUUUUGUGGGCAAUCUUCAUAAUUUACAUAAGCAAAUCAAAUUGUGAACGUAAUGCGAAGACAAUGGCAUUAAAGGGGAGGGUAGAAAAGGAGUCUGAGUCGGUUUAGAAUGGAACUAUGUUGAGUGGAUGGCGCAGAUUUUGCUCCUUUUAUUUCUUACUUGUUUAAAAAAAAAUGUGUCAGCUUUGUGUGUGCGAAAGCUUUCUUUGUUUUACUCAAUGCGUCAGGGAAAUUUAGCUCAAGUGGUGUGUGGAGAAAGUUAAAAGGACUGCCAGCACCCGGAAAAGUAUAGUGUGAAUCCUGAAAUAAAAAUCCUUUGAAGUGCAAGUGUUCGAUAUGUGUGCCACUUUCCUUUUUUUUUUGUCCAACACUACAAAACAAUCGAUGGAUCUCUUACCAACACUACGUUCUUGAAUUCCCAUCGCAGUUGCACACAUGACAGGCAACUUUUUUUACGUGUGUGUAUCGUGAUUAACCCUAGUGAAAAUUGUAUAAAUUGUGAAAGAAAUUUGAGUCAAUCUGAGGACAUUUUUUGUAAACAAACGACAAACGACGAAACAAGGAAAUCUCCUCUACACGCACAAAGAAUCAGCGUAUCCAAAUUAUAAUAUACAGACUACCAGAAAAAUACAUAAUGAUGUCUUUAAGGGCGGCACUUUAACGCAGAUGUAAUACAGCACAUUUUAUAACUUUUCGUCCUUUGGGUUCAAGGUUUUUGCGUAGCCUUAAUUCAAGUUAUCCCACCUGAGAUCCCAUUUUCUGGCGUUCAGAUUGCUGUCAACUCUUUGCUUCGUAGGAGUGACAGUUUGAGGUACCGGACACACAACAUAUUCUUUAGCAAUCUGCGUUAACGUACGCACAUAUAUAUAGAUAUAUGUCGUUUGGAUCGUGAUUAGGCCUUAUCGGUAGCAAUGUCCACUGCUCUGGCAAUGGCAGCGGCGGCGGCAUCCUCGAGUGCCACGGACCCAGCAGCACAAGCAGCAGCAGCAGCAGCAACAACAGCGGCGAUCAAUAGCAACACCACAAACACAACAGUGUCGCCGGCAACAACAACCACCACCACCACCACAAUGAAGAACGCCACUAUAAAGACAACAACCACUGAACCAGAUCCAAAUAUGUCUACCAUAUCUUUGGAAAUUGAAGAAUCUGGCAAGGGAAAGGCAGAGGAUAGUGAUCCGAAACCACGACGGCAGCGCAAAACCACAGUGGUGCACACAUGUCCUCGUCCACCGGGUGGCUACAGGUACUCCAUGGAGUAUCUCUACGGGAUUGGAAGUGGAAUGGCUGGCGUGACCCUUAAUAUUCCCACCCCGUAUUCAAUAACUCCACGCACUGUGAGAACCACGGCUCCCUCACUGACCACCCACAUGCCUUUACUGCCCACCAUGGGCAUGGCAGCCGCAGCAUCGCCACGCGCCAGUGGUUCAGCAGGAGGAGCCACAGUAGCCACUGUCACUCCAUCCACAACGGUGACAGCUCCAAGUGCCCCUGCAGGAUCAGCAGGAACAUUAGCAGAGGGAGCAACUUCAUCUAGUGGCCUCACAGCCAGUUCACCGGGCACCAUGCCAGCUGCCCAGUUUAUCUAUCAGGGAUAUCUGCCCACUGGACCCCAGCGACGUUUGUGGCACACGGAAAACGCCGUCUGGCAGUUUGAUAGAAACUACCCAUAUAAUCAGGCCUAUUCCUCACAGUAUGGAAUACCAAUGAUGCCAGUGGGCUUUGAGCAUCCAUAUGGCCAGCGAAUUAUCUACCCGGGUUACCUAAACCAGGCCACGGGUGGAUUACAUCCUGCUCCAUUGCCAGGAAUUACAAGAGCCAGUCGUCAUGUCGUACAGCAGCAGCAGCAGCAGCACCAGCAGCAGCAGCAGCAGCACCAGCAGCAGCAGCACCAGCAGCAGCAGCAGCAGCAGCAGCAGCAGCAGCAGCACCAGCAGCAGCAGCAGCAGCAACCACCUUUGUUGCCGCAACCAACAACGGUUGGUGGCGAGACCAGGGAGGAAGCUACGCCAACUCUUGGAAAUGCCCCCCAAGUGAGCAGUCCUUGGCGCAACGGAAGGCCAGGAGAACAUCGAUCAGGACGACAGGUGGUGACCGCUGCAGCGGGCUCAACUGUUUACCACAGGGAUUCCAAGUCGUUUUACAACAGCAUCACAGGUGGUGCGACAGGUAAAGCACGUCUGAAAGCUCCCUUUAUGGCGAAUUCUCGUAGUUAUCAAGGAGGAGCUAUUGCAGUUGGCGGAGCAGGAGCAGCAACCGCAGCAGCAGGAGGAGGUGGAGGAGUGGUCACAACAGCAGCUGCCAGCUCCAGCGAUCAAAAUCCAACCAAUGUUAAUAAUCAGGGAUCCUCUUCGAGCAACUACUCCAGAACCCGUCAAAAAUCAAAAAGAGGCGGCAAGAAUGCGUUUGGCAAAGAGCGCACUUCGAAUUCUUCAGGAUCUCUGUCUGCUUCCUCCUCAAAGUCCCAAUUGGACAGGCGUCCCAGUUCGAGCACCACCUCCAUUUCGCCAAAAAAACAGCCGAAUCGCAUCCAAAGAAACCGAAUGCGCAAUAUGGCCAUCCAGCAAGUGGAGCAAAGGCCGGUGACCAUAACGGCGCCAGUGAAUAAACAAUACCAACCGCCGCAACAACCAGCGGCAGUGCAAAGAGUUGCCAAGUUCCAUCAGCAAUCACGUUACUAUCAAUCCCGACACAUGGAUGCUUAUGUCUAUCAACCCGGGCACUAUAUGACUUAUGCACCGGGAUCACCGAUGCUGGGAGGAGCAGGAGCAGGCGUUGCAAUGCCUGGAAUAGCAGAAGAAAUCGUAGGAUCUGGAGGAAGUGGAGUUGGAGGAGCAGGAGGAUUAAGAGGACUAGGAGAAGGUGGAGGAGCAGCUACGGCCGCGGCCAGCAGCGCCACCUCGGAGGGCGAGCAGCCUCUGGACUCGGACUUUGAUCAGCGCCAGGAAUAUGCUGACUUGGGUCUGGAUCCAGCCAAUGGCGGCUUCUCCUCCGACCUGGAGCCGCUCGGUUACAAGCAGGACACCUCCGAACUGGACGCCCGCUCGUGCCAGCUGUCGCGUCCCAGUUCCGAGAUGAACGUCGACGAUGGCCAUUCCUUUGCCAGCUAUGCACCGAGUGUGGAGAGCGACGACAUCGAAAGUGACCUAAGCGAUACCUCCGUGGAGUCGGUGGUGCGCAAGAUAAUGGUCAGUUGUCUGGCCAUGGCCACCGGUGCCCAAGAACCCGAUCUCAGUGGUCCGAAUUUGGUGCCCUACGGCGAUAUGUACCAUCUCAAGGAGCUGGAGAAAAAGUCCCAGCACACGGGCAUGAGCAACGGCUACAGGUGCCAACAGAUGCCACAUCAUCUGCAUCCGCAUCACAGUCCCAGAGGAAUGAGUUGUUGCGGCGAUAUGUUAAGUCAACCCUCGGAGGAGAUGGUCUACAAACUGGACCAGCGGGAUCAGCAGGAUGCCUUUGGCAUGGACAAGAGCCACUUGAAGGAGCUAAACGAGGAGGCUGACAACAUCUCGGUUGAUGUUAAUCUCUCCUGCAGUCCAUCCGCCUGCUCCAGCAAAAGUGCAUUGGCUCCGGCGGCCAACAGAUCCAAUAUCAUCAUGCCAGAAGAAAGUGCUGACGAUGAAUUGCCCUUGGCGAUUCACAAUCGCUAUUGGCGCGAAUUCUUUGGUUAUACACCAGCGGAUCGCUUUUUGCUGCGAACCAAGUUGGUGGAAAUGAAGCGGUUACCGAAAACUGUGGUCACUAAGAACAAGUGGGAUCCCCUUUCGCUUUCCAUUUGGAGAAAGUUUCUCGAUGCCCAGCAGACACGUCAUGUGUAUAAAACCAAGAUGCGACUAUGGCGAUUCAUUUACACAGUGGCCAUGACGACUUAUCCCAGAUAUGGCUUGUAUCUGGUGGGCUCCUCCAUCUCGUUCUUUGGCUCCAAAUGCUCGGACAUGGACAUUUGCAUGCUGGCCUGCACAAUUCCCAACACUGAUCCCCGUAUGGAGGCUGUCUAUCAUCUGCAAUUGAUGAAGGAGCUGCUGAAUCGCACGAAUAUGUUCCAGGACUUCAAUCUGAUCGAGGCCCGAGUGCCGAUACUUCGAUUCACCGAUCGGCGACACAAAGUGGAGGUGGACAUUAACUUUAAUAACUCGGUGGGAAUCAGGAACACCCAUCUGCUGUACUGCUAUUCCCAGUUGGAGUGGCGACUUCGUCCAAUGGCCUUGACCGUCAAACAGUGGGCCCAAUAUCACAAUAUCAAUAAUGCCAAGAACAUGACCAUAUCGAGUUACUCCCUCAUGCUGAUGGUCAUCCAUUUUCUGCAGGUCGGAGCCAAUCCGCCAGUGCUGCCAUGCCUGCACAAGCUUUAUCCGGAUAAAUUUGGACUGCUGCAGCCCAGCGAUUUUGGUUAUGUGGAUAUGAACGAGGUGAUGGAUCCGUAUCAGUCGGAGAAUACCCAAUCCCUGGGUGAACUGCUGCUCAGUUUUCUGCACUACUACAGUGUAUUUGAGUACGGAAAGUAUGCAAUCUCGAUUCGCGUGGGCGGUGUUUUGCCCAUCGAGAUUUGCCGGGCCUCGACGGCACCCAAAAACGACAUACACCAGUGGAACGAGCUGUGCAUCGAAGAGCCCUUCGAUCAGACGAAUACAGCCAGGUCGGUGUACGACGCGGAUACCUUUGAGCGCAUUCGAGCCAUCUUUAUGGCCAGCUAUCGCAGACUGGAGACGACGAGGAAUCUGAAUUCCAUAUUCGAGGGCUAUGAUGGACCCACAAUCCUGAUGCAACAGCCUUCGCCGGAAUCGGAAAGUGACUUCUUUGAAGGCCAGAAUCAGCAGCAGCAUUUGCUGGCUAAUAGAGGAUCCUCCAGAUCCAACAGUGAAAGACCCUCGCCGCGACCCUCCAAACUCAUGGUGGACAAGGCCACCACGGCCAUUUGGAGCGAUAUCAAUGGAAGACCAGAGCAAAAAGGUGCUCCUCAGGAUAGUGAUGCAACCAGUAGUGUAAAUGCUGGCAAUAACAACAAGACCUCCAAGAAGAUGCGAGGCAAUGAUGAACCACCGUGUGCUUAAAAACUUUCACCAAAAAUAUAAACCAAAACCAAAAAACACACACAACACAUCAUAUCAUACGCCAAAUCAGAGAAUUCAUAUUAUAUCACCCACGAUCAGGAUGUAACAAAAAAAUUGAGAGGAAGUUUUUUGUAGCAGUUGCCGGGCGCUUUUAAACCGAUUUAAAUUUGACGUUGGAUAAUUACAUAUGCAUAGUAGGGAAUUAGCCGAUUUCUUCAAUUCACUAAAAGUGAAAUGACCAAAUAAAAAACAAACAUUCAGCUAUCGCAACGCAAAGUCGGUCGCAAAAAAACCACAAAAGUCUGCAAAAAAUGCUAGAAAUAGUUUCAUGUGUUUGCGUACCACAACGACUAAACUUGUUUUCACAAGCCUUAAAGCAAGUCAGUUGCUAAACAAAUGUAGCAAUUGAAAUUAAAAUACCAAAAAAAAUAAACAAAAUUUAAAAAUGUAAAAAAAAAAAUGUCCGAAGCAAAGCACUUUUUGUACAAAGUAGGGAAAACAUACAUUACAACAUCCACAAUAUUCCUACUUUUAUACAGGUAUAUUUUUGCACAUAACAAAAACAAUCAUAAACCCAAAAAAAACAUUACAAAAAAAAACUUAAAAUAAAUCAAAAUGUAAAAACACUAAAAAACCCACCAGAUUUUGUAACAAAACAGUGUAAAAAUUUAAAAACCGCGCAAAUCUUCACAAAAAAGCUUACGAGUUAAAUGGUUGGGUAGUCAAACUCAACGAAAAAACUUGAAAUAACCUGAUGAUAGCGCCAAAAAAAAAAUUAUAAAAUAUAAAACCCUUAACAAACCACAAUUUAAACAUUCAUGGGAAAGGAAUUUAUUAUCGAAAACACUAAAACAAAAUAAUUCAUAGCUCGUACAUCUGUGCUUAUAAAUUAAGCCAAUGAAAUCAUCCAUCAUCAAGCCAUUAAGAUCCGAAUCUGAUUCCAAUCUCUCUUUCUAUGCCUUCAUUUCAACACUUGGACUCUCUGGGGUGUUCGAACUAUAUGCGAAUGAAAUUAUUUAGGAUGCUCAAUUUGAUAUUCCGGCCCUGAUUAAUUCUUAGUGGUUGCCGUCAUCAUCGAAUAUCACCCUUGGGAUGAUGUCCAAAAUUCUCGCACAUGUUCCAGUUGGCAAUUAUCUAAGGAAAUCAAAUCAAAUCAUUGAUGCAGCUGUUACGCAAUAGUAGGGGAUGGCAUAUAGUAGCUGAUGGACAAUGAUUCAGGAGUGGGCGUGGCAGCGACAGUCCAGGCAUUUGCCAUACAAAACUCUGUUGCCAUUCUGCAUCUGUUUCGGUAUCGAUGGCAACCAAAAAUGUCAGUGCAGCAAAUUAUUUCAUCAAUUGCAAUGCUCGAUUUCAGAGCGGCGGUUCACAGUCGAUGGUUGUGUGUGUGUGCGUUGUGUGCCCUUUUUGGGGUUGCAUGGGUGUAACACGACGAGUGAGUGUCCAAUUCCUGUGUUGGGUAAUUGAUAUAAUGCCAAUGGUUCCUGUCGUCGCCCACCUAAAGGGCGAAAAUUGUCAACGGGAUUUGGUUUGGGAUUUGGGAUUUGGGAUUUCAGAUUGCAAUUGGGUGGGUGGCAGUUAUACGCAAUGCAAUAUCGCAUGCCAGCAGCUCCAUAAUCAUCGCCAUUAUCAUCAUCAUCAUUAACGCAGCAGCAAACGAACAAUUGUCACACUAAUUUGUGCAUAUGUGCAAAAAUGUUUGGCAAUUAAACGGUGCAUCGAAAUCCCUCAGCCAUUUUUCAUUCUCCCAAUGUAAUUAAUGUCUUUUGUUAAUGGUAAUGCAUUUGCAUUCGCAAUUGGAAUUAUACCCCAAUCUAUGGGCUAUGGGCUAUGGGCUAUGGGCUACGGGCUAAGACAAUUUGCACAACAAAGGGCGCUCGCUCGCUGGCUCCGUGGAAUGCUGAAGAUGAACUUCAUUAAUAUUUUUCACGAAACGGAACAAUUUUUGUACGCGCAAGGGGCGGGAAAAAUAGAGAGCAGCAGCUGCUGCAUUAAAAUUCCUGUCCGGGAUUUGGUCUUUGGUCUUGAAUAAUUAUUCAUUGUCAUUGUAAUUGGCGUGCCAGGCGCUAAAUGGAAUCAUAAGGGGAGCGCUGCAAAG